CAGACCUGCUGUGUGACUUUUCUGCCAGAUUCAACCGCCAGAUCUCAGAAAACAUGACCCUAGCUGCCUACAAGGAGAAGAUGAAAGAGCUCCCCCUGGUGUCUUUGUUCUGCUCCUGUUUCUUGGCUGAUCCCCUAAACAAGUCAUCUUAUAAAUAUGAUGCAGACACAGUGGACCUGAACUGGUGUGUGAUUUCGGACAUGGAAGUCAUUGAGCUGAACAAAUGCACCUCAGGCCAGUCCUUUGAAGUCAUCCUGAAGCCACCUUCCUUUGAUGGAGUGCCUGAGUUCAACGCCUCCCUGCCUCGGCGGCGAGACCCAUCCCUGGAGGAGAUCCAGAAAAAACUCGAAGCAGCUGAGGAGCGGAGGAAGUACCAGGAAGCGGAACUUUUGAAGCAUCUGGCAGAAAAACGAGAACAUGAGCGGGAAGUGAUCCAAAAAGCUAUUGAGGAAAACAACAACUUCAUUAAGAUGGCGAAGGAAAAACUAGCCCAGAAGAUGGAAUCCAAUAAGGAGAACCGGGAGGCCCACCUUGCCGCCAUGUUGGAACGUCUGCAAGAGAAGGACAAGCACGCGGAAGAGGUGCGGAAAAACAAGGAGCUGAAGGAAGAGGCCUCCAGGUAAAGCCCAGAGGCCCGAGAAGUUUCCUGGACAGACGGACAGCUGCCGCA